GAGGUCAACUUUUCCCCAGAUCCGCCAUUUCAGUCCCGGAGUUUCUUGUUGCACAUUAGUUUUGAUUUGUAGUUUUGAUUUGUUAUUUUUAAACGCCUACACGUUGAAGCGUUGGUGUCUUUUGUGAAACGGGAGUUCCGUCGACCUAAAAGCGUUGCCAAUGACUCGUAGAAGUUGCUAGGGCAACGGUAGUCAACCAAAAGUUUUUUGUAUGAGUCGCGGAUAAGGGAGAGGCUGCAGGGGAAAGGCCUCAAGCCUCGGACUGGAUUUCGCAGCCAUGGCGGGUAAUUUUGAUGCCGAAGACCGCGGGAGCUGGUACUGGGGACGGCUGAGUCGCCAGGAGACUGUUUCUCUUCUCCAGGGUCAGAGGCACGGCGUUUUUCUGGUGAGGGACUCGACAACCAGCCCUGGAGACUACGUGCUGUCCGUGUCAGAGAACUCCAAAGUGUCCCAUUAUAUAAUCAACAGCAUCAGCAACAACCGGCAGUCCGGUUCAGGUUUGACUCCCCCUCGGUUUCGGAUCGGGGACCAGGAGUUUGAGGCGCUGCCGUCCCUGCUUGAGUUUUACAAGAUCCACUACCUGGACACCACCACACUAAUAGAGCCCAUAAACAAGUCCAAGCACACAGGGUUCAUCAGCUCCUGUGCUGGCGUCCCGCAGCAGUCCGAGGAGGCCGAGUUUGUACGGGCGCUCUUUGACUUCCCCGGCAAUGACGAGGAGGACCUCCCCUUCCGCAGGGGGGACAUCCUGCGCGUCCUGGAGAAGCCCGAGGACCAGUGGUGGAACGCUGCUAACCAGGAGGGGCGAGCAGGAAUGAUCCCCGUCCCCUACGUGGAGAAAUACCGGCCUUCCUCGCCCACUGCUGCUGGCGGAGGUCCCCCUGUUGCGGGGACUGGACAAGGGGGGCCUGUUGGAGGGGUAGUGGGCAGCCCGGACGGAACAGGGGCCCCACCAGCAAACCCACUGGGGGACCCGGGCCAGUACGCUCAGCCUGUGGUCAACGCUCAGCUCCCUAACCUACAGAACGGACCCGUCUACGCCCGAGCCAUUCAGAAGAGGGUGCCCAACGCCUACGACAAGACGGCGCUCUCUCUGGAGGUUGGAGACAUGGUAAAAGUGACCAAGAUCAACGUGAACGGCCAGUGGGAGGGUGAGUGCAAGGGCAAAAGAGGCCACUUUCCCUUCACUCACGUCCGACUGUUGGAACAGCAGCAUCCUGACGACGAGAGCUGAGGAACACACCUGGCCUCGAAGCAGGUCCCCCUUUCCUCUUUUGGUCAUUUUGUCAAGCUCGGAGAGGAAAAGGUUGAAACAAGCACACCGUGUAUAUGGACCUAUGAAUCAGUCAGAAGCUCCUGACUGCUGAUGCAAAGACAUGUUGGAUGAUGUUAUUUGAAGAGUUUACACUAAGGUCAGACUGAUAUCGGUUUGCCUCUAUUAGCUCUCUCUCUAAAAGUUAGUCUGUUAAUGAUGAAUUCAACUCGUGCUAAAUCCACCUGCUGACCACCAGCAGCUGUUAAGGUGGUCUCCUGAGCGGUCUUUAUACGUGGUAAAUAUAUUUAUGCAAAGUUGUUUGUUAACAUUGGUAACACACACCGUCUGUUAAAGCCUUUGUGUCUAAUGUCUAACUGAUGGACAUCGUUUAAAUUAAACCGGUCUCAUUUUAAUCUCAAUUAAUACUGCCUAUUAACCGUUUAUUAACCGAAUAAUAAAUUCACAAGUUUUAAGAAUCCCAUGCACACCCUAUGAACCAAACUACAGGUGUCAAAGUGACCGUGGGUACACUUAGGCUUGGUGUUUUCUACUUGACCAACAAGCAGUAAAUUCAGUUAAUUCACAUAGCAUCAUGUAAAAAUAUUGACCGCAGUAAUGUAAUAAAAUUAAGAGAAUAAUAGGCUGUGAGAGAAACAGUUUUAAAGGUCACAUAUUAUCCUCCAUUUGAACCAGUUUAAAUAAGUCUCAGAGUUCCCCAAAACAUGUCUGAGAAGUUUUUUGUUCUAAAUCCACUCUGAUCCUGUAUUUGAUCAUGUCUAUAAACCCCUCUAUUUCAGCCCUGAUCAGAACAGGCUGUUUCUGUGUCUGUACCUUUAAAUAUGUAAAUGAGCUGUGUCUGACCACGCCCCCUCUAUGGAAGGGCUUGAUUGGCUCUGGCUUUCUCUCUCCAUGCCCUAUUGUUUACGGUGAGAAGGCAGACUCAGAGGGCAGAACAAACACCUAGCUGUGGGAGUGUCACCCACCUGGGGGAGGGGCUACUGCCCUUUGUGAUGUCAUGAAGGGAAAAUCUCCAAACGGCCUGUUAGAGCACACAUUUUCUGAAAAGUGGAACAGGCAGAAGACGGAGAGGAUGGACUUUUCUCAUGAUUGGGGGGUUUGUAGACAGACUAGAGACACAUGUUAGAGUUAGAGAAACAUGGUGAAGUGGAUUUUUAAUAAUAUGUGACCUUUAAGUGUAAAUAUUGGCCAGUGUCAGUAUAAAGCCUAAAUGAGCUGUAUUUGGCGCCAGUAACCGAUAUCAGUCCAACCGUAGUUUACACGCCUCCAGACCAGUAUUGAAGUCCACGCCAAACAGACAGCGCGGAGUCUACUCGUCUCUUCCUGUGGUAUCUGUGUAUCACCACCCACUACUCUUCAUUCAAACACAGACGGGAAGAAAAUCGAUGACAGACAGGAGACAAAAUACUCGGCUGCUCUCCCAGAAACCAUGACUCAGUGAGUUUUUGGAGAGCCAGACUGUGAACAAGCAGAGAGGAGAUUCUUCUUCACGGAGGGAAAGCCGCUCUUCUUCGCAGAGAUGACAUCACUGACUCAUUACGUGCCACACUACAAACAGAGUCCUCUUUUUUUAUUGUACCAAAAGUGGAAAAUAUUAUGAAAUUGACUUUAUAUAUAUAUAUAUAUAUAUACACACACCUUACAUGCCAAGAACUGUAAACAUUACUUUUUCCCGUAUAUUUCUUUUCCUUUUUUUGUGCCUGAGACUUCACGCUGAGUAUUUUAUGUUCCUCUUUUUUUAACACUAUUCAGUGCCCAGUUGAACGACUUUAAAUGCAGCGUUUGGCAAGAACAAAAAAAAAGCAUCCGAACAAGGAAAACACAAAGAUCCUCCGAGGCUGAUUUUAGAAGAUAAGAGGAGGAUGAGAGAGAGGUUGAGAGAUUUUAUUUUUGGCUUCCAGCAGGUUAUUUAUGACACUUUUAUCUGGAGAUGCUUUCGAGAUCAUAUCUGGACUUUAACACUAGAGCUACUGCCUUUGUCUUUUUAACAGGUAGAGCCAGUGUCAUUUCUCAGUGCCAAUAAGAUGCCCUGUAUGGAUUGUAUGUUUCUCAUCAAUUUUUGCCUCAUAUUUGAAUACAUGUUGAUAUUAUUUCACACAGUGUUGUCAUUAAAAUACACAUACCCACUGA